AUAAUCCGCACAUAUGUUUCUGUUAUAUUCCAUUAGUUGUUGAGCUUCGCGCAUUAUAUCAAAAUAAAUAUUACAAAUAAAAUAUUCAAAAACGUUAGUUACUAAGACAAAUCACCAUGAGUGUUGGCGAAAUAAUAACUUUUGAUGGACCAUACACAAGAAACAAAUAUAAUCAGUUUUUCAAUCCAAACAUUUGUCAUGUUUGUAAAUUGCCCAGCAAACAUUUAAUACCAUGUAAUAAGUGCUAUAUAGUUUCUUAUUGUUCCAAAAAGCAUGAAAAGAUACAUGAAGACUCACAUCUGGUAUUCUGCAGAAAUCUAGCAAGGAUAAUAGGAGACAAAUCGGAUUGGAACACAUGUCGUGAUUGGAAAAACUGGGUGCAAUCUCGAUUGGAAAUUGUAAGAAAAGUAUGUCAGAACAUAAUGUACCCGCAAGAUUUCGAAUUAAUCAUAUGCGCAAAAUCGUGUUUUAAAUGUUAUCGACAGAUAAACUUAAAACCAUGCGUCAUUUGCUAUUCAGCUAAUUUUUGUGAGGAUCACCAAAUGCUAUUUAAUCUAGAACAUAAGGAUAACUGUAAAGAGCUGUUACUAUCACUGAACAUUAAUAUCGCCUGUAUAAAAGACAAUAUUUUGCAUUUCUGCCUAGGUAAAUUGGAGUUUACCAAAUUCCCUGAUGCUAGACCUUAUCAUAACAUGAUUACAUUUAUUAACAGAUAUUUAGUCAUGGAAAAUCUAGAUAACAUUAAAAAAAAAUUGUAUUCCCCUAUCCAAAGUUUCUGGACAUUAGAACAUUAUGUGUGUUCGGAUUAUGUAACCGGUCCUCUGACAUUACAUUACGCGUUACAAGAAUCAAAAUUGUUAUUUCUUCCGCGUAAUGAUUAUAUAUUUAUCGUCCAUAUUAUAGAUGCAAGUAAAACAGAUGUAAUAUGUUUAAAAGUUUGGCAUAUUUUCCUACAUAUCUUUUCUAAUAUAAAAGAAUUAUAUAUUGUAUUUAUAAAAUCGCCAAUAUUCGAUUCGUGUGAACUAGGGACUGUUUGUUCAAGGUGUCGUAAUUAUAAUCAGAAACUUUAUGUUGAAAAUGUAUCAGAACCGUACCACAGAUAUGCGUGCUUAAAGUCAUUUAAACAACCUAAUGUGAUCAUAAUACAGGACACACAUUUGUAUAUGGUAGGAACCUGGCGUGAAUCUAUACCAACAAUAAUAGCACAAAAAUGUCCUUUACUUUUUACCACUUUUGAUAUAGGCGAAUUAAAUUACGUUAGAGAAAAGAUGCAAGAAGUAACAGGUGCAACGAGAAAUCAACUGUACAGAAAAAAUAAAUUCCGCAGUUAUAGACCAUGUAAAAACCGUAUCAUUAAUGGAUUGUAUUACCGAAAUGCGCAUUUUAUUAUGUAUUUAUGAUUUUAAAUUAUUUAACCCAACCAAUCACAGGCUGAAGAUCAGGAGUUAUUUUAUCAUAGUUUUCAAUUAAGUAUAGUAUAGUAUUGUAGAUCAUCCGUGUCCUUUAUGUAAUGAGUGAUAAAAUAUUUGCAAUAUAUUUUAUAUAGAUUAUAAUCCUUAUGCUGUACCCUUUAAACAAUAUACGUAACUCAUUGAAUGUUUUACGAUUUUUAUGUUUUAAACUGUCAAAGUAUAUUAAAAAGUAUAAAAUUAAAAACUUAGAACUAUUAAUAUCUUUCGAGUUUUGUAUCUGUUAUUGUAAAUUAAAUACAAGUUUAAUCAAAGUUGCAAAUAAAAACAAGAUUUUUUAAUAUUAUGCAUGCACUAGUAAAUAUAUCUUAUGUAUCUUUCCGCUUUUUCUGUAAAAUUGUAGCACAUAUACAUUUUGUCCCAAUAUUUUUUGAUCAUUUUGCCAAUGCAUUUCUAAAGAUAACCAACAUAUAAAAUGUCUCAAAUUCUAGGAAUUAGUAAAAAUUCUGAUACUGCAUAGUACUUAUAUUUCAUUACUUCGUUUUUUACUGUCCAUGUGAUUUUUGUUUAUUGUGCAUAAUAACUGAAUAAUUGCAACAUAUUUUAUAUGGAUUACAUUCUUUAUACUUUACGUAGUACCAGAAUCUAUAACUCAUUCCAUUGAUAUUACAAUAAAAAUUGCCAAAAAAAUAUCGACACAUACAAAAACAUAUCCGAAACUAUUAUUGGUGCCAUCGAUUAUUAUAUAUUAUUCGUAACUGUAAAUCUAACUGCAAAUAAAAUUUGAAUUUUUAAUAGUUUUA